AUGUUUAGGCCUCUGAUCCAGGGCUGGAAGAGACUCUCAGCCCCUGUGUCUGCACUCUCUGUGAGGAGCACCAGUAAUGGAUCAAACUGCAGACUUGCACUGGCUAACAAAGUCGCUGUGGUUACAGGGUCCACAAAUGGGAUUGGUUUCUCCAUUGCUCGGCGUCUGGCCCAGGAUGGGGCCCACGUGGUCAUCAGCAGCCGGAAGCAGCAGAAUGUGGACCGUGCAGUGGCCACAUUGAAGGAGGAGGGGUUGUGUGUGACGGGCACUGUGUGCCAUGUGGGGAAGGCAGAAGACCGAGAGCAGCUGGUGGCCACGGCCCUGGAAAGCUGUGGGGGUGUGGACUUCCUGGUGUGUGUCGCAGGGACAAAUCCCUUGGUGGGGAGCACCUUAAGGAGCAGUGAGCAGAUCUGGGACAAGAUCCUGGGUGUGAAUGUGAAGGCCCCAGCCCUGCUGCUGAGCCAGCUGCUGCCCCAUAUGGAAAACAGGGGACAAGGUUCGGUGGUCCUGGUGUCCUCGGUCGCAGCCUAUAUACCACUUCCUAGGCUGGGAGUCUACAAUGUCAGUAAAACAGCCCUCCUGGGACUAACCAAGACCCUGGCAGUAGAGCUAGCGCCGAAGAACAUUCGAGUGAACUGCUUAGCACCAGGCGUCAUCAACACAGACUUCGGCCGGGUGGUGAGGACCAAGGGCAAGAAGUCAUCACUGUUUCAGCCUCCUGUCCUCUCUCCAUACAGAGUGGGUCAGCCUGAGGACUGCGCAGGAAUCGUGUCUUUCCUGUGCUCCCCGGAGGCCAGCUAUAUCACCGGUGAGAACAUCGCUGUAGCUGGCUGGUCCCCCCACCUCUGA